AUGCGUUCAAGUUCUGCUUACUAUCAUCAUAUACUAUCAAACGCCGAUAUGAGACCCUAUAAAUACUUAGUAGGAAAUGGCAUGGGAUUUUUUCUCUUUGCACUGUUCAGCUCCUUCAUAGUUCUAUGCAAUUCAACAGGCGAAGACAGCAGCUCUAACAGACAUCACAGUUCACCAAAAAAGGGUUUGGAUAUCGAUUUAAAUGAAGAAUAUGUUCCAAGCCACUCUUCUUUUAGCAGUUCUCCUCUGGCAGAACAGCAAGGAGGCUUAACUAAUCCUCCUGUCUUGCAAGCUAAACUUUCGAAAGACCAAGAGUAUGUAUAUCGACCUCGUAAAGCGGAAUCACAAUACAGUCAAAACCCAGCAGCGGUGCUUACUCGUAAGAGAAUGCAAUUCAUGCGAGAAAAUAACAAAGAGGCGCUCGAUACAUAUCUUCAAAGAGAGCGGAAACGUUUAGCAUACGCAAGCCAAAGUGAUAAAAGAUUGUCAAGAUAUCAUGGUACUUCGAUGUACGAUCGUAGACUGAAAGAAGCUCGAGCAAAGAAAAGAGAGGGAACAGCAACCAAAGAAGAAUUAGAGUUUGUUGCAAAGAAGAAUCAAUAUUUCACACAACAUAGAAAGAUUUUGAAAGAUGCCGGUAUCAAAAGAAAGGACGAUAAAGUGCAAAUCGCUAGAAAAGAAGCUCAUAAAGGAACAGCAACUAAGGCACAACUUGACCUGCUCGAGAAAAAGAAGCUGCUUGACAAAGAACGCUAUCAGAGAAAACAAGCAGAGAAAAAAGGCACAACUUUGCAAAAGGAAUAG